GCAUUGCGAGGUGGUUUGUAAUAUACAAAGGGUGAUGGACCUUGCUCAAACUGACAAUACGGAAUUAAGGCAUAUAUUGUAGUAGUCAUGAUUUGUUUUUGUUCUGAAAUUUGAAGUUUGAUGUAUUUUCUGUGAGUGUCAAGGCUUUGAUAGGAAAUGGUCCUACUCCUUGUAUAUUGGUUAUUCUAGUGCCAUAAUUUCACAAUUUUUCAUAGCAAAAAGGUUCGUAAUCCAUUCUCCACAGAUACUAAUAGCCUUAACCAAAUAACUAAUCCGCACACACAAAUACCAUGAUGAGACACCUUUAAAGUAGGAGUGGCUAUAUGAUCAGGUCUGAUUAAAUCGGCCCGAAUUGAUCCGGAUCCAGUCCGGUAUUUUCAGGAAUAUAAGGAGGACCAAAGAUAGGAUUGGAUACAGUCCGGUCUUGAUCUGAUCCGGUCCCAAUUCGGUCUUGAUUUUAGAUUGAGCUUGUGAUGAUUUGAGUGUCUUGAGGAUUCAAAGAGUGAGGAGUUGGUUAAAUUUUGGGUGUUGGGCUUUCUUAUCCGGUUUUCGAUCCGGUCCCAAAUCUAAGCCCGAAAAUUGAAUUGGAUUGUUUGCUAUCCGGGUCUCGUCCGAUCCCAGUCCGAAUUAUACGGUCCGGUUUCAGAUAAACCCAAAUAGUCGGCCCUACUUUAAAAUUUAAGCCCUAAUGUCGAUCGAACCCGUCAACUAAACGCUAAAACCAUAACCGUCAAACCACCCUUAAACCCUUCUGCUAGCAAAGAAACCCGUUUAUUCAUGUAAUAAACAACUUAAAUAACAAGUCUCGUUUUUCUUUGGAAGUGCCAAAUUAGCGGCAAAAUUCCAACCGAUUAGCCCUACGCACCAAAUAUUGUUAUUGCGACGAGUAUCUUUGAUCAAAAUUUGAGUAUAAUCUAAUAUUAUGAUUGUUGGGUCAACCAUAGAAAUAAGUGACUCAAGAUCAUUAACCUAAUCAUGCUACACCUCAUAUGUGGUAGACUCGACAAGAAAGAGAUAUCAACUAGUAAUCUAUGCACUCUUCACAAUUUUAUUCUAGCAAUCUCGUCUAUGCAAAAUAAAAUCUGUUAGACUGAGCCAAAACCAACCCGGUUAAAUCUAGAUGGUUCAAACAAUUACUUCAAACGGCAACUUGAUUGCGAUAGGGUCGAUAGAAUUAUAGAAGCAUCAAUCAAUAAAAUCAAUUUUUUUUUUAAAAAAAAAGCGAAGGCCAAAACAGUCACACUCAAGUGUUUAUAUAAAGUGAGGAAUAUUGUGCUAGUGGGGAAGCAAAACCCUUCACUUCACUCUCACCAGUCACCACACGACCAACUUGUUGACUAAUUAAACCAUGUCGUCCCCCGCCGCCGGCGGCAACCUCACGGCGUCCGCCAUGAUCCCGACCACCCCAUCCCAACUGCUCUCCGUCCUCGCCGUCUUCACCCUCCCGAUCUUCCUCAUGUACCUCCUCAUCGGCGGCAGGAAGAAGAAGAACCCGGCGGGGAUGAAACUCCCCCCCGGCCCAGCCCAACUCCCCAUCAUCGGCAACCUCCACCUCGUCGGCAAGUUCCCUUACCAGUCCUUCCACAAGCUCUCCCAGAAGUACGGCCCCGUCAUGUUCAUGCAGCUCGGCCGCGCCCCCACCGUCGUCAUCGCCUCCGGCGAGGCCUCCCGCGAGGCCAUGAAGGACCACGACCUCGAGACCUGCAGCCGCGCGCUCUCCGUCGGGCCCGGCCGCCUCUCCUACAACUUCCUCGACGUCGCCUUCUCCCCUUACUCCGACUACUGGCGCGAGAUGCGGAAGCUCUUCAUCUUCGAGCUCCUCAGCAUGAAGCGCGUUCACAUGUACUGGUACGCCCGUGAGGAGCAGAUUGACAGGCUGGUGGUGAGGCUGUCCGACGCAAGUGCCAAGGGCAGCACGGUCAACCUGACCGAGAUGGUGUUCCACGUCAUCGACGGGAUCAUGGGUACGGUGGCGUUUGGGAGGACUUACGGCCAGCUGGAGUUCAAAGACGGGUUCGUCAAGGUGAUCAGCUCGGCCAUGGACAUGUUGAACGGCUUCCACGCUGAGGAUUUCUUCCCUACCGCGGGGAGGUUCAUUGACUCGUUGACCGGUGCGCUGGCAACCCGGGAGCAGACUUUCAAGAAUCUGGAUGGUUAUUUCGAGAAGGUUCUGAACCAGCACCUGGACCCGAACCGGGCCAAGCCCGAGCAUGAGGACAUUGUGGACGUCUUGAUUGGGCUCAUGAGGGACCAGAGCGCAUCGUUUCAGCUCACCAGGGAACACCUCAAGGCCAUCCUCAUGAACAUAUUUGUGGGUGGGAUCGACACAAGCGCGGUGACGACGACAUGGGCCCUGACGGAGCUGAUCAAGAACCCAAGGAUCAUGAAGAAGGCCCAGUCCGAGAUCCGGGGCAUCGUGGGGCCCAACAAGAAGCGCGUGGAAGGGCGUGAUCUGGACAAGUUCAAGUACCUGGAGCUGAUCAUCAGGGAGGUUUUCCGGAAGCACCCGCCGGUGCCGCUGCUGAUCCCGCAUUUCUGCGUGAAGCACUGCAAGAUCGGCGGCUACGACAUUCUUCCGGGGACCCAGGUGGUGAUCAACACCUACUCGCUGGGCCGGGACCCGAAGUGCUGGACCGACGUGGAGACGUUCUAUCCGGAGCGGUUCGAGAACAGCAACGUCGACUACCAGGGCUCCCACUUCGAGCUCGUCCCCUUCGGCGCCGGCCGCCGGAUCUGCCCCGGGCUGGCCAUGGGGACCACCGCAGUGAAGUACACGCUGGCGAAUCUGCUCUACUUUUUCGAUUUCCAGCUGCCCGGUGGGAUGAAGUUCGAGGAUUUCCCGAUUGAGGAUGCCGGCGGGCUCACGAUUCACAACAAGGAAGAUCUAGUCCUCAUCCCCAAGAAGCAUCAGUGGUGAUUUUGAUUCGGUGGAGGAUUCUCACCAUCUUUCUGUGUGUUGUUUUUACUUUUUCAGUACUUUUGCCUCUGUUGUUCUCAAUAAUUUACACCUUCGCGUGCAGUUAAUUUUGUAUUCGAUGGCUACCGUUCUUGCUGUUGUGUCAAUGUUGAAUGUGGUAAUGGAUGGAUCGGAGGAUCCUCAUCAAUGGAAGAAAGUCCAACCAUAUGU